GGCGCGUGCUGUGACGUCAGGCGAGCUGGACGAGUGGCGGGGCGCGGGGCGAGCAUGGCGGUUUGAAAGUCUAACUGUCGUAACUGCCUUUCCAAUCGUCGCACGUUGAAAAGGCGUCACCGUCGCAAUGGAGCCGUCGGCGCCCAAAAGCAAGUUGAAAAAGCUGAGUGAAGACAGCCUUACUAAGCAGCCUGAAGAGGUUUUUGAUGUAUUGGAAAAACUUGGUGAAGGAUCUUAUGGCAGUGUUUUUAAAGCAAUCCAUAAAGAAUCUGGCCAAGUUGUUGCAAUAAAGCAAGUGCCAGUGGAGUCCGACCUGCAGGAAAUUAUUAAGGAAAUUUCAAUAAUGCAACAAUGUGAUAGUGCUUAUGUAGUGAAUUACUAUGGCAGCUAUUUUAAAAAUACAGAUCUCUGGAUAGUUAUGGAAUAUUGUGGAGCUGGGUCUGUGUCUGAUAUUAUUCGACUACGAAACAAAACUCUAACAGAAGAUGAAAUAGCAACAAUUCUUAAAUCCACUUUGAAAGGGCUGGAAUACCUACACUUCAUGAGAAAAAUCCAUCGAGACAUAAAAGCUGGAAAUAUCCUACUGAACACAGAAGGUCAUGCAAAGCUUGCAGACUUUGGUGUUGCAGGCCAGUUGACAGACACAAUGGCAAAACGCAAUACUGUAAUAGGAACACCUUUUUGGAUGGCUCCAGAAGUGAUCCAAGAAAUUGGCUAUAAUUGUGUUGCAGACAUUUGGUCAUUGGGAAUCACCGCAAUUGAAAUGGCAGAAGGCAAACCUCCCUAUGCAGAUAUUCAUCCAAUGAGGGCUAUUUUUAUGAUUCCCACCAACCCACCACCUACAUUCCGGAAGCCAGAGCUUUGGUCUGAUGAGUUCACGGAUUUUGUCAAGAAGUGUCUAGUGAAGAAUCCAGAGCAAAGGACUACUGCAACACAGCUUUUGCAGCACAAUUUCAUUAAAAAUGCCAAAUCAGUGUCAAUUCUGAGAGAUUUAAUAAUUGAAGCAAUGGAAAUUAAAGCAAAAAGACAUCAAGAACAGCAGAGGGAACUCGAAGAAGAUGAUGAGAACUCAGAUGAAGAUGAGGUUGAUUCUUACACCAUGGUGAAGACUAGUCAUGCAGGCACAGGCACCAUGAGAGCAACUAGUACCAUGAGUGAAGGUGCCCAAACCAUGAUUGAACACAAUAGCACUAUGCUAGAAUCAGACCUGGGGACCAUGGUAAUUAACAGUGAUGAAGAUGAAGAAGAUGGAACAAUGAAAAGGAAUGAUUCUGCAGAACAACACCAAAGACCAGCGUUCAUGGAUUAUUUUGACAAACAGGAAAAAAGUACUAAAUCCCUGGGAAACUGUAAUCAGAGUCUGCAAGAAUCUUUCCACAAAUUAAAAAAUCCUUUCCCUGAUAAUUGGAAGGUACCGCAAGAUGGAGACUUUAACUUUUUGAAGAACCUGAGCUUUGAAGAAUUACAAAUGCGCUUGAGUGCACUGGAUCCAAUGAUGGAACGAGAAAUCGAGGAUCUGCGCCAAAGAUACCAGGCUAAACGACAACCCAUUUUGGAUGCCAUGGAUGCCAAGAAACGAAGACAGCAGAACUUCUAGCUGAAUUCAGACAUCCACUUCUCAUCCACUGAAUAUUCCCAAUCUGUCGUGGGUAGCAUGGCCUGUAAUAUAUCUAUGCUCUCAGUAAUGCACCCUCUAACUUCGUUUUCUUGUGAAUGGGGGAUUUUAUGUUCAGGUGGACAGAAAUUUACUCUUUUUUUUCCAGCCUCGUACACAUCAAACUUUAAGGGACCAACUUGUACUUGGUCUGAGCAGGAAUGUUUGAAUUGUUAUGAGGGCAGAAUGAACAUUGACCAGCAGACCAAUCAUAGAACCAAAGAUACUUAUAUACUGCUAAAGGUGUAUUAAUUGUGAUCCCACAGGUAUUGAAGGAAACAGCUUUAAUGUCAAUUUACUGUAUCGUCAUUCUUCUUAUCUGCACAGCUUAGAACGCUAUGUUGAAAUUGUAAAUCAGUCUGAAAUUUCACAGUCUCAAAUACAACAAAGAUAGUAAUAUCACAAUAUUUAUGACAAACACCAAAUACCUGAUGCAUUGUAUUGCUGUUUAAAUGGGGAGAUAGUGGUUUGGUGGUGCUAUCAAUGGAUUAUUAAUCCAGAACCCCAGAUCACUGCUCUGGGGACAAGACUUCAAAUCCAACGAUGGCAGGUGGAAUUUGAAUUUAAUAAAAUCUGAAGUAAAGAGCUGGCUUAAUGGUGACCAUGAAACUACUGUCAGUUGUUUUAAAAACCCAUCUGGUUCACUAAUGUCCUUUUAAGGAAGGAAAUCUGCCAUCCUUACCAAGGCUGGCCAACACGGGACUGCAGACCCAGAGAAAUGUUGUAGACUCUUAACUGCUGUCUGGAAAAUUCAGGAAAAUAAAUGCUGACCUUAUGGAUUAAAAAAUUAACUGUUGGGGUAUCAAGAAGCCCUAUUAAAAGUCCUUAAAGAUUAAAACUUAACCUGAAUAAGUAAGCUAGGUAAUAUUCUCCGGCUCCCCCAACAAAUUUUUAAAUGCACCAUUAAUUUGUUGAAGCGUGUCAAUUUGUGUCAAUCAUUAUUAUAUAAAAACUUGAUUUCUGCCAACUAACCUGCUUACCUCAUGUCAUACUUUUUUUGUUGCAAAUAGUUCCACAAUAUGCUUGAAGCUACUGCCAUUUUAUAAUGUUUCAGAACACUACUGGAGUUCUGCUGCAGCCUGUUGCAGUCCAUUUGAUGUAGGUGCACCCACAAGGUUAUUAGGGAGUUCCUUCAGUCUCUGGGUCAAAACCUGGAAUUACUUCCCUCAUAAUGCGGUGAAUGCACUCCACCAAAUGGAUUGCAGUGGUCCAAGAAGGUAGCACACCACCACCUACCCAAGGGAAUAAGGACUGGGCAAUAUGUGCUGGUGCUAUCAUCAAGGCCCACAACCCAUGACUGAAUGAAAUUUGCUCUAAAGUGUACAUAAGAACAAAACAGCAUACUAAUGUCUUUAAAGUUUCAGACCCUAGAUGUAUUGCACUUCUGAAAUUGACUUCAUAGGUCUACAGUAAAAAAAUCACAUUCCAAACCUAUACAGAUAGGUUGAACAGUCAAAACUGCCCAUGUCAAUGCAGCAGGUCAUCAUGCAGUGUGUCAUCUCACUGCUGACAAGUCUUUGCUUAAAGUUGGCAGCGGUUUACCUCUUGUGACGCAGUAGAGCCAUUUCUUAGAGAUAAUGCUUUUUUCGUAUUAUUGAAUGUACCUGCACCUGUUUGUUAAUAUUAGACCAGAGAGACAUGGACCGCUUCUGGCACUGUGAUAUGAAUGUUUAUUAUUGUCUGCUGUCACUUAAAAGAGCAUUUUAGUUCUUUUCAUUUACUUUGAUGUAUAGGCCUGAUGUGAGAUAUUUGCCUAGGUUUACUGAUAAAAGUAGACUUUGAUACACAAACACUUACUAAUAUAGAACAAUUGGUAAUAUAUUAACGGCUGCUACUGAUUUACACAAGAUGAAACAUAAUUCAUUGCACAUCUUGACAGUGUUCAGAGAUCAGAUUCCUAGAACGUGCACAAAUGGUAAAGAUUGUAGUUUAUUUAUUUCAGAAGUGAACACUAAUUUCAUUGGUGCACAUGAGUCCUUGAAGAAGUCAGUACAUGCCAAUUUUCUUGCUUUUAUUAAAUUUGAUGCCUUAUUUCUUUCUAGUCUCACUUUAGUGUGUGUAUCAAGUUGAGCCAUGUCAUGGUAGCAGAAGGCUGUAAACAGAUGUGCUGACUGGAUUGAGUUUGUCAACCUACAAAUGGAACUUCCUGUGGUAUAGAUGCUCGACAGAAAUGUAAGACAUUUGUGCUGCAUCAACAGAUUUUUCUUACUGUACAUUUAAGCAAAUUUGGGACAGUAAUUUUCCUAAUAUUUAUGCCUUAAAAGAGUUGUCAUGAUGUAAGCAAACAGGGUUCUAUGAAGUUGCCUUUUAGCAUAAACUUAGCAUUUGAUUGAUGAGGAUAUUUUUCUCUGAGGGUCGUGAAUUUGUGGAAUUUGUUACUGCAGAGGGUUGUUGAGACUGGAUCAUUAAGUUUAUUCAAGGCUGAGAUAGGUAGGUUUUUAAUCAGUAAGGGAAUCAAUGAUUAUGGGGAAAAGGUAGGCAGGUGGAGUUGAGGGUUGUCAGAUCAACUGUGAUCUCAUUGAAUGAUGGAGCAGAGUCAAUGGGCUGAAUAGCCUAUUUCUCCUACAUAUUAUUGUCUUCUGGACAUUCAGUCCAAUCUCUAUGCCAUUUGGCAGUUUAGGUGAUGGCCAAAUAAACUCAUUAUAACUUUUAUGAAAUUUUAAAGAUAAUCUAAAGUUAACUUUAAUUUAUCCUUCAAAACUUGACAAUUGCUUGUUCAGUGAAUACAAACCGUGAGUGGAACAUUAUAUGCAAUAUUUUGAAUUUUAAAUGUUCAUUUUCUUAAUAUGGGGUACUAACUUAUUUUAUGAUGUUUAAUUCCAAUAUGUCACAAUUAAGCAAAUGAGUACCAACAGCAGUUGAAUGUUUUUGAAUGUUUAUGCUAUGAUCCCUAUAGAGAAAUUCAAUUUUUAAAACGAUACUUAAAUAUCCUGUGACUGAUUAGAAGGAUCAUCCAAGAUUUCACAUCUUUAACUUACACCAUAGCAAACAAACUGCAAACAACAUUGACUAUUUUUAUGGGCAACUUAAACUCAUACAUGACUAAACAACUGAGCUCCAUAGGUGGACUCUGCCACCUGUUAUUCCACUUAGUAAUGCUCAAAUGAUUUACCAAGGCACUGUAUGCCUUUAUAAUCGUGUGCAUAUAUACCUGACAUGUUAAUUUUGUUAAAGGAGAAAUUGAUAUGGCACUGGGUGCUUGAACUGGCCAAAUGAGCUGACUUCAAUUUUCCCUUUGUCAACUAAAAUUAAUAAUAGAAAAAAGCUAUAGAAAUUGGAUAAUUGAUCUUUUUCUACUGUGUUAUAAUUAAUAUAAUCUUUUAGUAUAGAUCUGUGAAAGAUUUAUCAAUUAUCUCUUGGCGUAGCGAAUCAAGACUUAGAUUUAUUUAGCUGACGUAGGACCCAGCAUUUGACUAACCUCUAAACUAAUCCAAUUACUGUAAACUCAUAAUUCUUGCUCUAAUACAAAGAUGUCUGCUCCAGCCUGCUGCAUUGUUCUGGUUAAGUCCUAUACAAGACCAAGGGAUAGCACCUCAUUUUCCAGUUAGACACUUUACUGUCUUCAGGAUUUAACAUUGACUUCUUAACAUGGAUGUGAUAAGGGUCUAACACUUUGAUGACAACCAUCACCACCACUGCCUCAACAUGUCUUUUUUGUGUGAAAUUGAUCUCAGCAGAGCUGACCUAUUUUCUGCCUAAAACACACCAUAUAUCAUCUUUACUGUCAUUUGCCUUCUGCUCUGGGCUCCCAGCAGGAUAUUGAUUGACUACAUGAGUGUUUUAAUGUGCAUCACCCUGACAGAUAGACAUGUUUUCUUCAUAACUGAGCAGACAAUACUGAAUUAACUAUACCAAAGAUGGAGGCUUUUGUUCGUGUUCUCAGAAAAAUCAGCCAAGUCUACAUAUAUCUUAUUUAUUUCUUAGAUUAUGGUUUAAACUUUUAAAGCUCAAGAAACUUAAAGUUUUUUGAUUGCAAGAAUCACAAUAAAUAGCCAAAUUGAAAUAAUUUCAGUGCCUUUUAAAGAGGUUUGAUUGACUGAUAUAUUUUUAUUUAAAGUUGAGACACGCUGAAGUGUGGUGCUGCUCAGAAUCUCUAAAAUGAUAUGCACUAAAAAACUAUAAUUACUGAGAAUGGGGAAACUCAAUCCAACCUGAGAAUGCAAUUUGCACACUGGUCAGUCAAAUACAUUCCCAACAGCGCAGGGCUUUCAGAAAGAUGUAAUCACUCACUGUAAAAAGCCAAAUGUGAACAUUAAGAAAGUUUUGUAAUGAAGGUUCAAUUCAGAAAAAAAGUUACUGUCUGAAUUCUCAUUUAUAAACUGGCACCUUAGAACAAUAUUAACAACAAGAGAUAACAUUGCAGCACUGUAACUUAAUGUUAAAUUGGCCGCAGCACUUGUUAAUCAUUAAGAUCUGAAAGUGGAGUUGUAUAUAAACCUCUGAAGAAUCACAUCUAAAAUUGGAAGUGCUCCUUUUUUAAGCAUUAAGGUCACUCCAUGUGAUUGUGCUGCCGAAUUGUGUUCUACAGUUUAUUUUUCAGAAUGUGGUUUGUGCGACUUGUAAUGAAAGAUGCUUUCUCAGUAAUUAACACCAACAAUAAAGAUUACGAUGCUUUAAAUUGUAACAGCUACCUUUUUGGCUGUUAUACUUAGGCAUAACAUUUUAUUGAUCAAGCAAUACAGUGCUUUUCACAUUGCUGAUGGAUUCAUCACAUUGAUUUCAUUUGUUUUUUUAUUGUCAUAUGUAUCAAGAUACAGUGAAAAGUAUUGUUGUGCAUGCUGUACAGGCAAGUCAUACCUUACAUAAAUACUUCAGGGUAAUAUAUCUCCUCUUUAAGGGAAUACUAAAUGGAUGUUAUCAUCAUCAGCAUCAUUGGUAAUCCCUCACUGAUGAGGAUGACUGUCUUCCAUUCUCAAAGUGAGUCCAUUGGUGCCUAUACAGACUCUGCUACACUUAGGCAGAAGGUGGUCAUGGAAAGGGAUGGGUGGGGCAGAGGUGUGAUGGUGCACAGUUUCGCCUGGCUUCCACUUUUUCCAGUAAGUCUUGAGGUGUUCAUCACAAGAUGGAUAGAUGAUAAAGGAUUACAUGGAUAUGUUGUUAGGGUGUGAUGAAGUAAGCUAUGAUGAGCCUCGUGUGGAGCAUAAACACUGAUAUGCAACUGUUAGACUACAUAACCUAUUUCUGUUCUGUAAAGUAAUUAUGAUGGUGCAGUAUUCUGCCCGCAGCCAGAAUAACUCCUGUCCACACGCUUGCAUUGUCUUUUGAAUUUCUGUUCUGUUCUCAUCAGACUGAAAACAGCAAACAGUACAAAACAAAGUGGCAAUUUCCAGUACAAAGUUGUGUCUGUCAACUCCUCAAAUGAAUGCAAAUGUUUAGAGUUCCCAAAAAAAAUGAGAAAGUAUUACUGAUCUCAGUGUCUGCAGAUUUAAUGUGUUAAUUCUUCCUGGUGUUGGUGCAUUUAAUUUAUCCUCCUAUCCAUUCCAAAAUUCACUGACAAUAAACAAUUAUAAUCUAUUGUCAUCUGUUAAAAACUACUGCUGCUGACUUGAAUUUUAAAUGUAUGUAUUAGUGAUGUUGUCA